AUGGCGCCUCGCAAGCCUCGUUGCAACUUCAAGGACUGCAAGGAGCCCGCUCAGCGCAUCAUCGGAGACUGCGGCUUCUGCAAUGGCCACUUCUGCCAGAAGCAUCGGAUGUUGGAAUCUCAUCUCUGCAGCGGUCUAGAAGACUGCAAACGGGAAUCCCACGCCCGAAAUGCCGAUAAGCUGAACAGCGAACGCACGACGGUCAUCAAGGGCGUAUAA